UUCGCUAAACGGGCUUAGAAUGGCGCCGCUGCCUCCCUUUGGCAUAUCUAUAGGGAUCCCGCACCCCUUUACAUCGGAAGGGAGAGCCAAAAGAUGGUUCAAAUUGCGGACCAGGAAGGCUAAGAGGGGCUGCGGCGCAGUUAUGCGAAGGGUUGGAGCAUCUCUAUUGUCUCCUUGCUGAAGUUGUGGGCUGGAGAGACUCACACGCUUGCCCAACUUCCGGCUGAAUUUGAUAAAUAGAAGACAGCAACAUGGUUGAAAACUCACCGGCCCCAUUGCCAGAAAGAGCUAUAUAUGGCUUUGUCCUGUAUUUAGGAUCCCAGUUCAUAUUUAUGCUGUACCUUGUCUGGGCUUAUAUACCUGAAUCCUGGCUGUUCUCAUGGGGGUUAACAUACUGGCCUCAAAAGUUCUGGGCUGUCGCUUUGCCUGUCUACCUUUUAGUUAGCGUGGGAAUAGGCUAUGUACUCCUCUUUGGUAUUAAUAUGAUCGGUACUGCUCCACUGAAUUCCACACACACCAUUACAGACCACUAUGCAAAAAAUCAGAAAUGGAAAAAACCACAAGAAGACGCUAUCCCUGCAUUAAGAGAUAUUCCUAUCAGUGAAGUAAACAAAAUGUUUUUCUUGUCUGACACAGAAGACUGUCCUAGAAACUAAUUGAAGAAAAAGCAUUUUUUAAAAUAAAAUAAAAAUAACCAAACUUA